AUAGAAUCAAGACAGUACAAAUGUAUUUGUGUAGGGGAACUAUUCUGCUUAAAUAUUUUCCAUUAAUCCUUUUAAUCAUCUUUCUGCAAACAUGCAAUGCUAGGAAGAGCAAAUCCUACUACUGUCCUUCUGCUUGUGGCCAUAUCCGUAACAUAAGCUACCCUUUUCGCUUAAACACUGAUCCAGAACAUUGCGGAUAUGGUCUAGCAUUUGAGUUAGCUUGUGAAAGUAACCAAACAGUUAUAUGGUUAUUCUCCAAGAAGUUUUACGUUCAAGCCAUCAACUAUAAUAAUGAGACAAUUCACCUGGUAGAUCCAACUUUACAAACACAAGAUGAUCUAUGCUCUUUCAAACCUCAGCAUAACUUGUUCAACAAAGCCAAUACAAUCUUCCACUCAUACUAUGUAGCAGAUCCCAUUUUCAUGAUCAACUGUCCAUUUGCUGUUAAUAAUUAUUCGACAUUUGUGGAAAUUAUUGGUCUGCAAAUUAAGCAGACACACUUAUUUAAAGAUUGGAGUUAUAGAUGCCUCUGCACUCACCGAUGGAUGCAGAGUGGAAUUUAUAGGCUGGACCUCAUGGCCUAAUAUUAUUUAUACAGAGAACAACAAUUCCCUUUCUGAUUUUCAUCAAGCCAUCCUCUACGGAUUUGAGCUUCGUUAUUAUCUGCGGAGUUCUCCACAAAGGAUAAGUAAGGUCUUCAAUUACAUAUGCUCUGUUCCUUAAUGAACAUUCUUUUCCAUCCUAACAAAUUAGGAAAAACAACGGAUUCACUCACUACAAUUUUAUUUC